ACAGCUUCAUUUGCAUAAGGAGUAUAAAAGGCUAAGGCUGGGCUUUUGCCUUUACAGCGCCUUGCUUCCCACUCACAUCUGUUUCCUCUGCUCUCAACUACGAAAUCAGCCACAAGCAUGUCAGACAAACCCAACCUGGAGGAAGUGACCAGCUUUGACAAGAGCAAGCUGAAGAAGACGGAGACGCAGGAGAAAAAUCCUCUGCCGUCAAAAGAGACUAUCGAAGAGGAAAAGAAGGCAAGCACGUCAUGAAACUUCUGAUCAAGACUCCACUAUGCACUGCACUGCCUUCAUCUUUUCACCCUUUCUUUUUCUAAAAAUGUGUUUAAUUUCGUAAGACAAAACGGAAAAAAUAAAAAUCUAAGAUGAGUUCUGAUUGGACGAAACAAAACCACCAUCUUGUGGCCCGUACCUCCUCCUCCUUUUUUUAAAAUGUUCUUUUUUAUUAAAAAUUAAAAAAGAAAGAACGUACCACUGUGAAGAAGAAUAAUGUACGUGGGAGUUCUUAAAGAGGAUGGAGGAGGCAGAGCUUCAGCCUCAGGGCGGGGCUGAGAGUUUGAUUGACAGCUUCCUGGGACCUCACUAUCACUAUCCAGACCCGAGUUGAUUGCUCGCUGUUGCUGUCAGAUGUUGAAACUCAUGCAGUGUUUUGUUUCUUUUUUUUUUUUUAAUGUUUAAGAUUAUUUUGUAAUCGAAAGUUCAAACCUUGGAAUGCACAAUAUUUUGUUUAUGCAAAUAAAAGAGAAGAGAAAAGCUGUUAA